AUGGGUGAAGCACAAUUGUCCUUGAUUGCUAAUGAUACACUCAUUUUAAAAGAAACAGAAAGUGAGAGUUCGCUUUCAUCAACAUUGAAGAGUCAGUCUGGGACCCAUUCUGUCAGUCCUCUGGAGUCUAGCGUGAAAAGAGGGAGAGCAAUCUUUGAAAAGAUGUCAUCAGAAAAUGGCAAAAGUAACAGCUCUGAAGUGGGUUCUCGCAAAUCUGUAAGAAGACUACCUAAAGAGAGCACUCCCAGGGCUGAUAACACACCACUGGAUUUCCAGGAGAUUGUCUCCUUGAAAGAAAGAAUGGCUAUGUACAAGGCUGCUGUGUCCAAGAGAGAGGGUAUCAACGCCUUUGCUCAUACUUCAGAGAAAACCAAGUUCUGUACUGUGCCUGGUGGCCUGGCAGCAAUGAAGAAACAAUUUGAGAAAGUGAAGAUGACCUCUUCACGAAAGACCUUUGCUCAGUACAAGCACCAGCACAAAUCUGUACAGGAAAUGUCAAGUAGCAUUCGGCACACAGUAUCAAGCAGCACCAGGGAAGCUAAGUGCAAUGAAAUGACCUCCAAAGAAAGUCAAAUGGAAGCCUCUCAAACACAAGAGGUUUCUCAUCGUGAGCAAGUUACUCAUGAGACAAAAAUGGCUUCUACAUUCCCUCAGCACACUGAUGAAACAGUAAUCAAUGCAACUCAGAACGAAGAGCUCCCAAAGACUGUAACACAGAUUUUAAAAGAGCAAAUUGAAAGGACAGCUCAGGAAAAGGCUGAGUACCCUGACAAAGUGACUGGAACACCUGCAAAAGAAGUAAAGAAACUACUGAUUCCUGAAAAUGAAACGUGCAGACUCUGUCAACAGAGAGUUUACCCAAUGGAAUGCCUAGUUGCUGACAAGCAGAAUUUUCAUAAAUCAUGUUUCCGAUGUCACCACUGUGGCAGUCAAUUAAGCUUGGGAAAUUAUGCAUCUCUCCAUGGAAAAAUAUAUUGUAAACCGCAUUUUAAGCAGCUUUUCAAAUCAAAAGGAAAUUAUGAUGAAGGUUUUGGACACAAGCAGCAUAAAGAAUUAUGGACUUAUAAAGAUCAGUGUAGCUCAGCUGGCAAUAUUCAUGCUGAAGAAACAAAUCCCAUUAAUAGCAUACCUGUUGAUCCUAAACCAGUUACAGAAAUUGAUCAAGACUUGUAUUCAGGUACUGAAGGCACUCAUCCUGAUAUUUUGGAUAAUAAUCUGAAAAAAUCCACAGAAAGAGGUAAAUUAAAGAUGACGUGGCCUCCUUCAACAGAUGAUGCAACACCUAAGAAAACAUUUUCUAUUGAAGAAGUGGCUAAAGUAAAUAAGCCAAAGUGGCCACCAGAAGGCUUUGCACAAGAAGAUUCUAGUUUACAUACAAAUAAACCUCCGGGUGAUAAAAAGGAUCCUCAUGAAAAAAAUACUGUGAGAGAGCAAAAUAGAAAUAACACUGCAAAUGCACAACAAAAUCAACACUCAUCCUUUAGCUCUCCGUCUGAGAAAGAAGCUCCAAAUAUCUGUAAAGCAAAGAAAAAUGAAGCAGGCAAUAAGGGAAAAGAUGAGGAAGCUGGGACGGUGCAAGGUAAGCUGAAUAAAACAGGAGGAUCACAGAAUAGGGAAGAAAGUGGAAAGAAUAUUAAUGAAAGUGAUAAUGUGAUUGUGCAUAGUGCUGGGAAGGAGCGAGAGAAAAAAAUUAAUGAAACUGGUGAUUCAGAAGUUGUACAGGUUACUAACAUUGAUGAUGUAACAGUACAAAAGAAUCAGAAAGAAUUCAGCUUGAGUAACAAUAACAAUAACAAUAAUGCCACUUUGUCACAUCUAAACAACUGUAGGCAGGAAACAACUCUUUCAGGUACGUCUAACCCAAUGACAGCAUUAAGCCAUGAAAUUUGCAAAAGAAUAUGGGAAUUAUGAUACAGAACUGAAUGAUAUUGAUUCCUGUCAAGAAAGUGAAAUAACUGAAAUGAC